CACUCGAGAGACGCGCAGGGCAGGGUUUGCGCUGCGAGGUGACGAAAGCUUGAAGAGGUGGAGUUUGGUUGUGGUGAGCCAGUAGCUACUGCAACAGCAGAACCGAGGAGCAAGGGAGGCUGUCAACUCGUGGGUCUGAGAGGGCUGUCAAAGAGAGGAGGGAGGGGAGGUUAGGAGCGCUGGAGUACGCAUCUCCGCUCCAGAUGGUGAUUUAAACGCAGGCAGAAGGCUUCGGGAGGAAGAGAGGAGAGAGAGAGAGAGCAGGAGACUGUAUAUAAGACAGUAGCACAACACCGCCGAGUACUUAAAACCAAAAUACAACGAUAUUAAAAAGAAACAGGAGAAAGCAUAAAUGCUGUAACCCAAGUAUUUAUUUAAUGAACUUGUUUAUAGCAUCUACAGACGACUAGUGUUAGAGUGAAUGGAGCCAUUCUAUUGCCUGAGCAGUUAAUGGAUUGGUCGGCAGUAGCAGUCUGCGAGGGUUCUUUAGAAGAACCGACGGAAGAAAUUAAUUAAUCUGUACAGAAUUGGUUGUUUCCAGAAAACCAGCUGUAUGAACGUUGAUUCAUCCGAGUCGGGGGUUGCUGUUUAAAUACCCGAGACUAGUCUCUGAGUAUUAAAAGCUGAACUGGGACCGGCGAAGGAUCUUCACGCCAAAAAUAUUCGCAUCUUUAUUUCGGAAGAAGUACAGUGCACAACAAUAUGGGAUUUUAAACCUAUUGGAGCCUGCAGAUAAAUACAGCCAACUCAAACGCUGACAUUUUAAACGGACUUUCCAAUAUGAGUCCACGAUAAUUGUGUCAUUGUAUCUUGGUGGCUGAAGACCCUCCAGCACUUGGCGAUUUCUUUUUCGGGAUCCGUUCAAUGCUGGGAUCGAAUCAACGAAAGAUGAGGCAUAAAGGAAAACAAAAAAUCUAGGAAAAAAAACGAACGGAGAAACCUGAGUACAUAUAACAAAUAAAAGAAAUGCAUUUAAUAUUUUGAACGAAGUCCUCAAGCUGUUUUUUAAGAUUGAAAAAAGAAGGUAAACCAAAGACAGACGCAUCUAAGGGAACAAGUCUCAGACUUCUAGCUUUGCAAGACGAAAUAUCAUCAUUCGGACAGAAAGAAACUGGGAAGUUAAUUACCUCAUACUUAAUUUAACUGAAAUGUCAACACCGCUUUAAAUCCAAAGGAGUCGAAUGCUUUUAAAAUUGUAUUAUCGUGUAUAGUUUCAACCUGUCGAAGGAUUUUUGUUCUGAAGAGCGAUUUUUAAUUAUUUUCACUUGACCAAGAGGAGUAGAAGCAUUGCUUUCGAGAGUGGCCAAGAAUUGGUGGUUUUACUUUUUAUUUCUUCCAAAUAUUAAGGAUUGGUGAAUUAUGACUAUUUCUUAAAUUUAAUGUGGAUUAUCGUUGCUGCAAUUACCUCAGCCUGACCUCGACCUUCACAAAGUAGCACAGAAAAGAAGGUUGGAACGAUGCCAGAUUCACCUGCUGAUGUCAAAACCCAGCCCAGAUCAACUCCGCCCACCAUGCCGCCGCCGCCCCCCGCUGUCACCCAGGCAGCCAAUCGCAACGCGUCCUUCACACCCACCACGAUGUUGAACGGGAGCAGCCACUCGCCUACAGCGCUUAACGGCGCCCCCUCCACGCCCAAUGGCUUCAGUAACGGCCCCGCCAUGUCCUCCACCGCCUCCUUGUCAAACCAGCAGCUCCCGCCUGCCUGCGGAGCCCGGCAGCUCUGCAAGCUGAAGCGCUUCCUCACCACCCUGCAGCAGUUUGGCAACGACAUCUCGCCAGAGAUUGGGGAGCGUGUGCGCAGCCUGGUGCUGGGCCUCGUGAAUUCCACUCUAACUAUUGAGGAGUUUCACGCCAAGCUCCAGGAGGCCACCAACUUCCCUCUGCGGCCUUUUGUGAUUCCAUUUCUCAAGGCCAACCUGCCCCUGCUGCAGCGGGAGCUGCUGCACUGCGCCCGGCUGGCCAAGCAGACGCCCGCCCAGUACCUGGCGCAGCACGAGCAGCUGCUGCUGGACGCCAACGCCAGCUCCCCCCUCGACUCCUCCGAGAUCCUCCUGGAGAUCAACGAGCACGGCAAGAGGAGGACACCAGACAGGACCAAAGAGAAUGGUGCCGAGAGAGACCCGCUGCACCCCGAACACGUGGCCAAGCGCCCCUGCACAGUGAGCCCCAGCCAGCGCUACAGCCCCAGCAACGGCCUCCCCCCUCACCCGCCUCCAAACGGGCUUCCCCCGCCCCCCCCCAACGGCCUGCCCCACCCCCCCCCCCCGCCACCCCAGCACUACCGCCUGGAGGACAUGGCGCUGGCUCAUCACUACCGCGACGCCUACCGCCACUCCGAGCACCGCGAGAGCCGCGACCGCCACCGGCAGACGGCCGUGCAUGGGGCUCGUCAGGAAGAAGUCAUCGAUCACCGCUUGACGGAUCGGGAGUGGGCAGAGGAGUGGAAGCACCUUGAUAACCUGCUGAACUGCAUCAUGGACAUGGUGGAGAAGACCCGGAGGUCUCUGACCGUCCUGCGCCGCUGCCAGGAGGCCGACCGCGAGGAGAUGAACCACUGGAUCCGCCGCUACAGCGAUGCAGAAGAUAUGAAAAAAGGUGGGAGCCCUGGCCAGCGCCCUCCUCCUCACAACUCGUCCUCCUCCUCCUCCUCCUCCGCUUCCAACACUUCUAGCAGCUCCACGACACUGACGCUAGAAAUUCAUCGGGACUUUUUGCACAGACCCCCGUCAGGAUACAUGCCUGAAGAAAUCUGGAGGAAGGCUGGUACUACAAGUAUCCCGCUAUCACCAGCACUAAAGCAACUACAAAGCAAGCAGGAGGAAGCGGUGAAUGAGGUGAAGCGGCAGGCCAUGUCGGAGCUGCAGAAGGCCGUGUCCGACGCCGAGCGCAAGGCCCACGAGAUGAUUUCUGCCGAGAGGUCCAAGAUGGAGCGGGCGCUGGCGGAGGCCAAGAGACAGGCCUCUGAGGAUGCACUGACAGUCAUCAACCAGCAGGAGGACUCCAGCGAGAGCUGUUGGAACUGUGGGAGGAAGGCGAGCGAGACCUGCAGUGGUUGCAACACGGCACGAUACUGCGGCUCCUUCUGCCAGCACAAGGACUGGGAAAAGCACCACCAUGUGUGCGGGCAGGGCCUGCAGGGCUUACCGGGGGGCAGCGGAGUCCCCCUGGGCACCCCCUCCUCCUCGGCACCCUCCACCCAUUCCGAGGGCACCCCACCCGCCCCGCUGUCGGUGCCCAGCCAGGGCGGCGGGGGCAGCGGGGCGGGCAGCCCGAAGGAAGCCAGCUCCAGCAGUGCCUCGCGCUCCACCACCCCUGCCACGCCGGCCCUGCUCGACAGCGCCUCCCGCUGACCGCCGCCCACGCCCAGCCCGCUACCACUUUGCUGCUACAACUCCCCGCGUCCCAGAAGAGACUGAGGAACCUCCAUCACAACCUUCCCAGCUGUAACUAACGCUAAAACUAAUACUGCGUCUACUUCUUAGCUACCUGAAGAUCUCAUUGUUGCAACUUUUCAACCUCCAAAUGACCUCUCUGUCUCUCAGUCACGCAAACACACAUACACCUAUGUAAGUGUCUGCAGUAUUACUUGGCCAGGGCUUAUUUUACGAGUGGUCAACUAUUACAAAUGAAUAUCAAAAUAGCUGCCUGUCUUUCUAGAGCAUGUUCAAGUGAACUUUUAUAACUGGAUUUUUAAAGAGUACUAAACCAGAAUUCCAUAAAUACAUUUUAUAAAUACAGCUGAUGUUCUACUCGACAGAUAAUUAUGUUUCUAUUUUUGGUGGUGAAUUACUGUCUUUACUCCACCAUUUCAGUGGAUGGAAAGGUAGGCAGCUUUAAAAAAAUAUUAUCUGGCAAGCUGUCAAUAUGGCUUCUGUAAAAUAAGUCCUACAUAUAUACUGUAUAUGGUAUAUAAGGGGUGUGCAUAAAAUCCCAAAUGCUUUUCAUUAUUCCCUGCAUAGAAAAUGGUACCACACAGUGACAGAUUGCUGGAACUGUCCAUUUUUUCAAAGGGAGGGAGUCCCUCUAAGGGACUAGGGAUGUUUUGUGCCACCCCUAUGGUAUACAUUAUAUAGAUCUAGCGGAGAUAUGUCAAAGGAGAACAGCAUCCUCUCGGCGUCAAGCCUUGAUGGGACCCUCAAUGGCUUCCUGCCUUUCUUUAGAAGAAUAUGAACUUGGAAAUAAUAUCAACUUGCUUCUAAAGAAGAGGAUCAGAAGACACAUAUGGUGCAUCUUUUUCUUGGAAUCGCUUCCAAGUGAAGGCUAACUGUUUAUUAAAAAGAGGAUUAAAGGAUUAAUUUUAAUGUUUCAUUUUCUGGCUUUAAAAAGAAAAGAAUAGUCCAAAAAUUUUCAAGGAAAAAAAAAAUCACCCGUUAACUACCUUGCUAGCUAGCCAAGAAAAUCUAUACCGGACUCACCUCUCUGCUCUGAUGUGAACCCAAAUGAAUUUUAAAAACACAAUCCAAACCUUUCUAUUUUUAUUACACUGCCAAAGUUACUAAGAGACAAGGAGAAGCACUCAUCUUGUUACCAAACACAAGCUACUUCGACUUCUCAGCAGUAAAGUCAGCCCAGAGAGCGACCGGCUUCAGAACACAAGCAAGAUAUACAGUACAGACACAAGAACUGUGACGGCUGAGUACUGCUUGAGAAUACUCAAGCUCCUACGGGAUUCCACGACGAAGGGACGGAGGAAUUCAGUGUCGCGAGUUUUAAAAUGGAAGGACAGCGAGAAGCAUGGGAUUUUGAUUAGGACAGUGGCUUUUGUGAGUGGCAAUGGCAAGGAAAGAAAAAUAAAGACACUUGCCCCUCCCCCCCCCAAAAAAAAAAAAGAUGAAGGACAGAAAUGGCCAAGAACCUCAAAGGAUUAAAAAAAAAUCCAAGCAAGCUGUGUACAGUAGGAAAACUGCUCUGUUACCAUUACAGUUUUACGUAGCUUUGAAGCAGAGACGUGUCAGUGGGUUUUUACUUUCCCAUUUCCCUUUAUUUUCCAAAGCAUGAAAGAGCAAAGUGACAAGUACAGUAUGUGAUACUUCAUUCUCUUCUCUACCUCCCUCUUCCUCCGGUGUGUUCCUCCCUGCCCUCUCGCCAAGACCAUGUCCCUGCUCCUCGCCAAGACCUCUGGGCAGAUAUCUAAGAAGGGAACAAACUUGUUUGUGAUGACUUUUUGUUUCUUUUCCAACGUGUCCCGUCUCUCGAUUGUUCAUCCUGAUUGUUCAUCCGUGCUGCCCAAGUAAGUUUUCAAAACACCGUCAUGGAAAAUGGGACAUUUUCAUUUUUUUCCCCUUAGGUUUGGGCUGAACUUUGUAGCAAAAGGAAAGAGUCCCUCUUGUAUCUAUAGUAGGCAAAGACAAGAAAAUCCUAAUGUAGAAUAUUUUCUAUUGCUCACAUUGUAAGACAGUGAGAGGACGGAGGUGCAAUAUGGAAAAAAUAUUUCAGCUACUGAAUGGAACCUCAGCUACCGCCCAUAGGGCAAUAUAUAUACAUAUAAAUAUAUUUAAAAUAAUAACGAUAACUUAAUGUGAAUGUAUAUAGUAUUUAAAGAGGUCCAAAAAUGUGUUUGCCAAAUAAGAGAAACCUUUAAAGUAUAAACUUUAGAAUAGAUUUUUUUAUUUUUUUUAUUGAAGGAAUUGUAGUUACUCAUUCAGAAGCUUUGUUUUUCCAGAUUUGCAAAAUCCGUCGUGUGUGUGUGUGUAAAAUAGAUUAAAGGCUUAGAAAGGCAAAAAUCAAAUUAUCACAUGAAUUCACUGUACACAUAAAUUGUGUUUGCAAAGAGAGAUCUGGUGCUAUAUUGGACAAUAUCCCUCUCCUUAGGGAAACUAGGUGCGAGAACCGUAUGCUUGAGCACAUGUUCUAUGAAACUUUUCUCUUAAAAUGAGAAAUGUGUCUUUAUUUUAAAGACCAGCCCUGCAAGGCCAGGUUUUAUGCACUGACUCAGCUCUGUAUUAACGGGCUAGUGUCAGAGUAGGUGAUCCUAUCCUUGUUAAAUCUGGCAGUGUGAAUUUACUGAAAGUAUGUGAAAUACUGCCAUCCACUGGUCCAAAAAGACACUGAAGUGAUAUCACUUUAUGGAGAGAAUCAUUAUGCUAAUAUUUGUAUUUGCCCUAUAUUUUAAGCACUCAAUGGAACAUAUGAAAUGAGUAAAACAAAAACAAAAAGAACUCAAAACAAUGUGGGAACUUCUUUUACAGUCACUAAAACGUUAUUUCUGUCAUAGGUUUUGUUUCUGAAAUGAGACACAAAUGUAUUAAUCAUGUGCUCCACUGUCCCUGUGAUACUUCACGCAACUUGUGCAGGUUUUCUGUAGAUAGUUGUGCAGUUUCUGGCUACCUGCUAAUUCUGUUAAAUCCAGCACCUGAGUUAUUUCAUCCCAAGCAUCACUUCACACAUUCCUCAACAGUACUGUACACUCCAACAGAUUCAAUAUUGAGCAAUUUGAAACUGCCUUGAGAAAACUCACUUCUUUUCCCCCUUUUCCAAUCCAUAUUUACAAGAUAGCUGUCUGGGGCAUACACUUUCUGUUUCCAUAGAAACAAGACUAAAUGCCCCCCCAUGUUUUCACCCAUUUCCUGUCAUGAUGUUUAAAAUACUUAUAAUAGAACAUUUAUUUAUAUGAAACCUGGAAUUCAGCAGUGAGGCGAUUAAUCCCUGGCUGUCAUAUACCAAAUAAACACAAGAUGAUGUAUGUGUUCCAGUCUGAAGGGAUGCCCAAGAGGAGGAUUUGAUAGUUUAAUGGAGCAGUCUCUUGGAUUUUGUUGCACAUUAAGUGGGACUUCUGCCAUGUUGUCUUUGAAGACUUUUGUUCCAAGCAUGAAAUCUGAAGCACCGCUAUACAGAGACCAUUUCAAGAUUAUUUCUUCCAUUUUUUCAAAAUAACUGGAGUUGGGGGGGGGGGGAGUGGAAAGCAAAUGGAAUUUGCGAAGGAAUCAUUAAAGCUGUAGACACGUUGGGCAUUUAAGACCAUCUAAGAAUUCAAAAACAAAGACACACCCCAACACCAGGAAAUCUACAAUACUCAACAGUUUUAGACACUUUACCCUGUCAUUAUUAUGCAAGUGCAAACUUAUGCUAUACAGUAUACUGCCAACAGUUCUGUAAGGGUUUUGGCUUGAGAACAAUUUUACAGUUUAAAUGUUGAAGUUCUUAUGUAGGACCUUUGAGUCACAUCCGAUUUAGAUGGGCAGGCAGUCAUCCGAUUUUGGGACAGUCAAUCGCAGUCAAGCUGUGCAAUACUGGUUCCUGGAUUCGGAGGAUAAAGACAGUAGCACUGCACAGGGACCGUUGCAAAGGACCACACUGUUUUUGAGCAUUAGCUUUGAGGAUUGGCUGGGAUGUGUCCUUCAGCAAAAAUGAAAGAGAAUUAAAAAAUUCAGAAGCUAAUUCCAGGCUUACAAGAGCUUACAGCAAUAAAGCAUGUAGUAUUAUUUAUUGCUUUCUGUCUGUGGUGAAGACAAAAUAGAAAGAAGCACGUGAAAGGUGGGCAUUCUUUAUGACUCACAACUGUUCAUAAUUAAUCAUGCUGAAUAUGUUCAUAUUUCAUAAGCAAAAGUAAUAUAUACAGUGUGAACAACGUGAAAGGUAAUGAACUUCAAGGUACCCAGGACUGCACGGCAUAUGGGUUGCUGUAUAGGUUGUCUUUGUGCAUCUCAGGCUCUCCAGUGUUUUGCUGUUCCACCCUCUCUUCUCCCCACCCCCAGCCUCUCUCUCUGGCCACUAUUGACCACUCUACCUCUGAGUGCUCGGUGAACCUCCUGGGUAGCAAUUCCUGUAAAAGAAUAACAGAUAAACAAAACCAGAACCCAGGGAUCUCAGAGCAGCACGCUACUCGCAGUCAUGCAGAGCCACUGCAACUCACAGCCAGGGAUGCUGGAAUGGUUUUUGUUUGUGGAAUCGCUUUUUCUGAAAAAGUCAGAAGUCCGGCAAAUACGAAGGAUUUUUAGAGCACUUCUAUGCCAUCAAAUAAAGUGACUGAAAAAAAACUUCUCCACUUUGCAAUUCAAGGCUAAACAUCUAUAGCAAAAAGCUGUUUGGAUUAAGGAUAACCACACAUUUGAAUAGAAAGGGUACUUAACAGCUUAUGAAAAAUUGACAAAAAAUGUAAUGUUAUGUAUUCUAUAUACCAUGUAAUUUACUGAUCCGCUGGUACCAUCUGCCUGAUGACACAAUCCCAGAUGAAUGAAGUGUUCAAAUGUAGUUACAGGGUGAUAGCACUUGGGUGGUUUAAUCUAAAGAAGGCCCCUUAAUCUAACUCGACUAAGUUUCUUUUUUUCCCCCAUUUUCAACCCUGGAAAGUGAAUAAUAGUUUGUUUUUCUUCCACUUUCAAACUCCUUAGAUGUUAACUACAGCACUUGAGAAUUACUCCUGCACUUAAGAGUGGAUCUCUGUGACUGACUAAAAUGCAGCAUUUUUGUUCACAUGAGCAGUCGGAUGAUGAGAAAAGCAUGGCUAGUUCAGCAAAUAAAUCCUGAGAUGUGGAAUGAUGCUACCUUAAUGUUCUCACAAGGUUUUUAUUAACCCCACACUUAUUUUAGUGAUUCUUCAAGAACAAUAAAAGAAACUGCUUCAUGAGAUGUUAACUGCAGAUUCAAAUUACAGGCAUUUUACUUGAUUGCCAAAUGGAAAGCAAAAGUUGAUCUCCACAGCUAUAUGUUUUCAAGCACUUAGUUUCUUACUAAACAUUAUAUUCAGAAACAACUUCUUUUUUGCUUGACAACCCAGAAAAAAAGCAUCUUUUCCUGCCACAUCCUGAAAGCAUGCUUUGUUUAGUUUGACUAUAAAUGAAAAGUGAAUUGUGUUACUUUACAACUGAGAAUGGAAGUCUGUUUUUACUCUGACAAAAAAAAAAACAUGCUUCUACGAUGCAUCAUAUGCACAGCUUUCAAGUUCAAGGUUUUUUAAGGCUACUUAUAAUUAAGCCCUUGCCUUGUCAUUUAUCAUCCAAAAUAAUUAAAGCACAGACCAAAGCAUUUCUACAUGGCUUUAGAUCAGACCAGUGAUCAGUUUUGGCAUGCUGCAGACAAACCAGAGAAAACGAGGCUCUUUACCAACUAUAUUUGUAACCAAAGUUUCUGGAAUAGACGCAUAUGCUCAAAGCACAAGAAAAAAAAACCUUACAUGUAAAGGGAGAUUUGAAGAGUUUGAACUUAUCUAGUAAACCAAUCAAAGCACGUAAUUGGUUGCGUCUUUGGCUGAAUGCCUCGACUAAGGAUAGCUUUGAAUCUGGAAUGCUUAAAAUGACUGCUGUAAAGCCUUGGAUUUCGAAGGGUUAAAUACAGCAGCAAGCAUAAUGUCUUUUCUUGAUCGGAGCGCACAAGCCUCCUGAGUUUUAAUUAAACAUCAAAUACAGAUACAGAUAGAAAAAAAAAGAGCUGUAGCAUAGGUGGCUGCAUUUCGACCCCUUCGUCUUUAAGGAAACGGACAGAAACAGUGUAAUACAUCUGUAAGUCUACAUGGACAGCAAAGACUUCUGUGCUGUAUUCUGAAGGUAGAGGUGGGAAAACACCAACUGUCCUGGUUAGAGUGUGCGGUCUGGUACUGUUGAUUAGCUUAGAAAAUAUUACAGAAACAGAUCUUUGACAGCUUCUCACGGGCUCUGUAUGUCUGAUGACACAUUUUAGCUCAAGGUAUUAUGUAUUUGUCAUUAUUUUGUCAAAAGGUAACCAAUUUUAAACCAAAACAAAUGAAGGUAAAUGUAACAUUUUGGCCUCUUCACUGACCUCUAUCAUACUUUGCCAUUGUUCAGUUAAAUGGGAACUUUUUUACGUCCAAAUAUACUCUGUAUGCAUCUCUCUUGAAUUUCGCUUUCGAGUUCUGAAGGAGGACUGCUGGGGGCCAAGUCAAUGAAUUGUGAACCCAUUGUGAAGACUGGAAAGAAAGAGUAGCCGGAGUUUAGGAACAGGAGAGAACAGGCGUGUGUUUCACUGUUUACCAAGGCAGAGUGAAGGGAUGUUUUAGAAACACACAUACAGUGACUGCCAAGGUUCAUAAGAUGGUUAUAAGGAGAAAUGCCAUUAGCCUUUUCUCUUUUUUUCUUAAACAAGUAUCAACUAAAACUGAACAUAUCUCCUGUAACAACAGGAGCUGGUACAGUAUUUUCUUUAAAUGCAUUAGUCAAUUGAUUUCCUUGAUAAUGUACAGAUCUCUUAUAGGUAACUCCUUGUUCAAGAGCAGCUUUUGCCUCUGCUGUGCAUAAGCAAACCUGUUCUUUUUUGUUAACUAGUGAAGAAAAGUCUAAUUAAUCAUUCUUUCCAUCGAACUUGGUAUGAACGAUAAAGGGUAUGCAUUUUGCCAUAUUUUACUCUUCACAGGGAAAUCAAAAUUAUUUUAGUUUCAACCAAUCUACCAUAUAUAUACUGCUGAUUGCUCAACCAGCAUGGUAAAAACGGUUUUAGAGGUGGACACUGAUAGAAUCCUGAAGAAACGUUUGAAAUCAUGGAUAAAGCACUUGGUUUCUCCCAAACUAUUUAGGAAAGGCUUUUUUAUUGAAAAACCGAAGGUUUGAGUUGCUAUGUGUAGGAAAGCAUUGUAUACUGUAUUGUGCAAUACCUAAUUACAGAAAAAAAAGAAUAAUGACAUUAUUGAAGGUUGGUGUGUUGACGAAAAAUGUUUUUUUCUGUUCUUUUUAAGGGUUCUGUGAUCAUUCUAUAGAAAAGUGAACUGUGUCAGGAGACUUUAAUUUUGAUUUUUUUUUGCAUGCUUUCCCCUCUUUGCUAUUUCCCUUUCUAACUGUACGCUAUGUUGGACAUGUGAAGCUGUAAACAUUCUAAUUCAGGAUAUUGUCUGUGUUGAGCUCCGUAUCUGUGUAAUAAAAAAAGUUGAAUAUGAACCAUU